UGUAAAUCCCAAAACCCUGGCGUCCUUCCCUAACAAAGCACUGGGGGUCUGCCAGUACCAGGCUAAUCGGAAAGGACCCAGAUCCUGGACUAGCCAACCUCAAUACCACGUCCAGUGUUUGGAGCCCUCGCCGAGAAUUCUCCGGAGAAGGGAAUACUGCUUUGAAGGAACAUUUGAAGCAGGUUUCUUCAGCGAGAACUCGACUGCCCUUCACUGGUAGCUUCUUGUUCUCUCUUCGGGAUCAUUCCGUCACCGCCAGAUCUACAUCUCCAACGCCAGAUCGAUUCACAGCGGUUGACGAUUUGAUUUUCCCCUAUUUCCGUUGCGGUUUCUCCUCUUGCAGUGAAGGAGUCACCGUUUUCUAUUCAGAGUUUUCCAAAACUCCAUAUUAAAAGAGGGGCAAAGAGCAUAUAUUUUAUGUGACGUGCCAAGGUGAAGAAAUUUACUUCAUGAUGGGUAGAGAGUAUUUGUGGGACAGAGCUGCAACCUCCAGUGAUGAUGUAUCUCUGGAGGGACUGCAAGAGGAGCUGGAAGAAUGUAAAGAUGAUGAUGAAAUUGCGAACAUACUUUGUGGAGGAACCAAAUUGCGGGAGCAUACAAAAAGUGUGGAAAAUAAUCUACUCCAAGUUGAACUGGACUCCAUACAGGACUACAUUAAAGAGAGUGAUAAUUUAGUUUUACUACAUGACCAAAUUCGGGAUUGUGACAACAUAUUAUCACAGAUGGAGACCCUUCUUAGUGGAUUUCAGGCUGAGAUUGGCUCUAUAAGUUCAGAUAUUAAAAGUCUUCAAGAGAAAUCCAUGGACAUGGGUCUGAAGCUGAAAAAUCGCAAGACAGCAGAGUCCAAAUUGUCAAAAUUUGUUGAAGACAUCAUUGUGCCUCCAAGGAUGAUUGAUGUUAUUGUUGAGGGAGAGGUAAAUGAUGAAUACCUAAGAAACCUUGAGAUACUAAGCAAGAAGCUUAGACUUGUUGAAGAAGAUUCCAUGAUCAAGGGGUCGAAGGCUCUAAAAGAUGUUCAACCUGAACUUGAAAGACUUAGACAAAAAGCAGUUUUAAAGGUUUUUGAGUUUAUGGUUCAAAGGCUAAAUGCUUUGAGAAAGCCCAAAACUAAUAUUCAAAUUCUUCAGCAAAAUGUUCUUCUAAAAUAUAAGUAUGUGAUUGUUUUCCUUAAGGAACGCGACAAGGAUAUUCAUACAGAGGUUCGUGCAGCUUACAUUGAUACAAUGAACAAGGUUUUAAGUGCACAUUUCCGUGUAUACAUACAAGCAAUGGAGAAAAUGCAGCUGGAGAUAGCAUCGUCAACUGAUUUGAUUGGAGUUGAUACCAAAAGUACAGGAAUUUUUCUAAGAGCAAGAGAAACAAUAAAGAAUCGUUCUUCAGUAUUUUCUCUGGGAGGCAGGAUAAAUAUUUUAAAGGAAAUCGACCAACCAGCAUUAAUUCCACAUAUUGCUGAAGCUAACUCCCAAAAAUAUCCGUAUGAAGUUCUCUUUAGGAGCUUGCACAAGCUUUUGAUAGAUACUGCUACUUCAGAGUACCUAUUUUGUGAUGAUUUCUUCGGUGAAGAUUCCAUAUUCUAUGAAAUCUUUGCAGGACCAUUUGCAGUUAUUGAUGAGCAUUUCAACGCAGUACUACCAAAUUGUUUCGAUGCAAUUGGUGUAAUGCUUAUGAUCCGAAUAGUACAUCAAUACAAGAAUAUCAAAGAAGCGUUCACGGGAGAAACCAUUUACCUACUCUGCCGAAAUGAAUCUAUUCUGCCGAACGACUGCGAUCCGGCGGAGACCAGAGGGAGAAGCAAUGUUACGGGAGCAAGAGGCCGAGCCCCGCUGGAUCCGACGUCGAAUGGCAAUGUUACGGGAGCAAGAGGCCAAGCCCUCGAUCCGGCGUCGACUGGCAAUGUUAUGGGUAUGGGAGCAAGAGGCCAAGCCUCGCUGGAUCCGGCGUCGAGCGGCUUCCUGACGGGAGGGAGAGGCGAGCGGGGUGUUGUCGGGAGAACGGCUGCGAUCUGGGCGAGGCUCGCGGGAGCCGGGGCUUUGAAUAAAGACGAGAGCGAAAGCGAGAAGCUAGGGUCACGGGAGAGGCGAAGGAAAAAAGAAGGUCACGGGCGUAAAUUACAAUUGGAAAACGCGGACCGCGGGCUGACCCCCGCGGUCCGCGUCUUUUACAAUUGA